GAAAAAAUGAAUUACUAUAUAUUUUUAAACCCCCACCGUGGUUUUUAGCGGCGGGACGACACGGACAUAUGCUCGCUAAAGUCCGCGUCGCAGGACUUCACAGACGUUAGGACGCCACCUCGUCUCCUCGGAGCGGCUAACGGCUCUAAGGUGACUUUCCUCAGAGCUCGUUUGAGGCGGGCGGGCAGGUCCGGCGACGGGGAGCGAGCUGCGGAGGCCAUGCAUCAGGGGUGAGGGGGGCGGGGGGGGGGGGGAAUCACAACACACACACACACACACACCGUCAGGCCGAGGUGGGCGUGGAGAUGAAGCUCAAGCAGCGCAUGGUGGUCCUGUGUGCCGUGCUCCUCCUGCUGGGCCUGGCCAAGAUCUUCCUGCUGGACGGCGGCGAGGGCUCGGCGGCCAGCCGGCGUGACCUCCGGGCGUUUCGCAAGAUGGAAGCCGGCCUCUCUCUGUCGCGUGGCGCCCGCCUCACGCACACCCUCCAGUCGCCGUGGGAGAUAGCGAGCCAGUGGGUGGGCCCGAGGGAGGUGUACCCGGAGGACACCCCCGAGCUGGCGGCCGUGCUCGCCUCCCUCGGCAGCGCCCGCAUCGAGCGGGCGGACGUGGGCUACAAGGGCACGCAGCUCAAGUCCCUGCUGGUGCUGGACGGGGGCCAGAAGGUGGUCUUCAAGCCCAAGAGAUACAGCCGAGACCACGUGGUGGAGGGAGAGCCGUACGCCGGCUACGACCGGCACAACGCGGAGGUGGCUGCGUUCCACCUGGACAGGAUCCUGGGCUUCAGGAGAGCGCCCCUAGUGGUCGGGAGGAACGUCAACGUGCGCACGGAGAUCAAACCGGUGGCCACGGACCAGCUGCUGGGCACCUUCCUCAUGCAGGGUAACAACACGUGUUUCUAUGGGAAGUGUUACUACUGCCGGGAGAGCGAGCCGGCGUGUGCGGAGGGCGACGUCAUGGAGGGGUCGCUGACCCUCUGGCUGCCGGAUGUCUGGCCGCUGCAGAAGCACCGGCACCCCUGGGGCCGCACGUACCGGGAGGGGAAGCUGGCCAGGUGGGAGUACGAUGAGAGUUACUGCGAGGCGGUGAAGAAGAUGCCUCCGUACGACGCCGGGCCGAGGCUGCUGGACGUCAUCGACACGGCCAUCUUUGAUUACCUCAUCGGGAACGCCGACCGGCAUCACUACGAGAGCUUCCAGGACGACGGCGGCGCCAGCAUGCUCAUCCUGCUGGACAACGCCAAGAGCUUUGGGAACGCCGCUCUGGACGAGCGCAGCAUCCUCGCCCCGCUCUACCAGUGCUGCAUGGUCCGCGUGUCCACGUGGAACCGGCUGAACCUGCUGAAGGCCGGCGCCCUGAGCUCGGCGCUGCGCCAGGCGCUGACCUUCGACCCCAUCCGGCCGGUCCUGGCCGAGCCGCACCUCGCCGCCCUGGACCGCCGUCUGUCGGGCGUCAUGGCGACCGUGAAGCAGUGCAUGGAGGCGCAGAGCCCCGACGGCACGCUCAUCGAGGACCGGAUGAACGUCCCGCACCCGUAGAGACGCGAGGAGCGACGGGAGCCGCCGGGACCCUCGUCUCUCUCCUCCGGGCGGAGGUGAAGAGACGCAGAGCGACCGACCCGACCCGACGGGUCCGCUACGUCAACUUAUUCUCAGGACUGUUGUUCGCCAUAAGACGGGAUCUCCUCGCUUCCUCCUGCUCGGGACUCAGAGGGGAGGAGGAGGAGGAAGAGGAGGAGGAAGAGGAGAAAAUGAGCCUCCAGCGUCUCGGUGAAAGAUGGCCGCCGCUGUUUGGAGCCCAGAGACCAAGACACUGAAGGACGGUCCGGACUCUGAGGACCACGACCGGUUCCCGCUCCUCGACUGGAGAUGGAACUUUGUCCGUAAACAAGGGAUUCUGACUCCUCCAUCAUGUGUGUACAGACUUAACUGAGUAGUGACCUAGAAUUAUGAGACAAAAGAAUAUACAUUUGUGGAUUAUGAUAUUAAGAAAGUGUGUGUGUGUGUGUGUGUGUGUGUGUGUGUGUGUGUGUGUGUGUGUGUGUGUGUGUGUGUGUGUGUGUGUGUGUGUGUGUGUGUGUGUGUGUGUGUGUGUGUGUGUGUGUGUGUGUGUGUGUGUGUGUGUGUGUGUGUGUGACAUAUUGUGCCGUGAAUAAGAAGCUACUGAGGUGACGGGCUUGAGGGUGUGUGGGUUCAUCUUCAGCAUUAAACUAUGAUUAUUUAA